GUCGGCUAUCGGGCCGGUGAUGUACGACUGUAAAACAAAUACACUUGUACAGCCCCAAUAAUAUGAUAACAAAUCGAACCACUUGUCCGAUUGGAUGCCAAAUAUACACUUAUCAUCAAUAAUACGUUUUUUAUAUUGUAUUUAAUUUAUAUUUUUUACUAUAGCAUAGUAGUGGGUGGGAAUAAUCAAGUUGCAAUUUCGUAUAUGCAACUACGGUUUACAAGUAAACUUGUAUAGUUUUACUCUAUACAUUUGCAAACACUAGUACUACAAGUACAGUAUACAGAAAAUAUUACUACGGAGUACUACUAUAACAAUAUGAUACAUCAUCAUAUUUGUACAUGUGUAAUAUGUUUUCAAACGUAUAAAUAUGUUUGAAUAGAUAUGAUACUGACAACUAGAAAAUCUUUUUCAUAUCUUUAAACGACAUUUAUUUUAUAUCGUGAUAGGAAAAAUUUAUAAUAAUCGAUAUUUUGAUAAUAAUUAACUUUAUUACUACAAUUAGUUUUUUCUUACAUAUUACUUAUUUACAAAAACAAGAUAUUAAACUAGGCAAGUUUAAAAAGGAUAAUUUAAUUCUACAUUUUAUACUUCAACCAAUUUAAUAUGUAGCAAAAGGAUCCAGCUGGCGUCUUAUCACCAAAUUUAGCUGUUUCGAGUGUAGAAGGCCAGAUUCUCUUUUGUGGAAGCCGGAGUCCAACACUACACAACAGCCUCGUCAAGGCCCUGAUUCAACUCUUGGCGAUUACUAUCGGCGACCAGAUUAAGCUGGGUCACGACAAACACAGAAGCUGUAAAAAAAGAGAAUUCUGCAAAAUAUUUGUUCUAAAAAAAAGUGCAUAAAAUACUAAAAUAAGUAUAGAAUGAAAAACAAAGCCUAAAAAUGUUGUGAAGAUGCGAAAAACGAAAAAUUACACUGCAGAUUUUUAAAAGUCAAAAAAGCUAAAAAUAUUUUGUACAAGGCACAACAUCGCAUUAUGAUUGACGAGAUACAAGAAUAUGAACCAAGUUCAUUACAAUACCGGGUUUUUAAUCUUGAGCAGCAAGUUAUAGCUCAAAGAAAUGAAAUCGCUUGCUUACGAGAUACUUUAGAAGACACGCUUCAAAGAUUGACAGAAUUAGAAACUCAUGAUAAAAAAAAUAAAAAUAGAAGUCAAAAAAAAUCAGACAAAACAAUGUCUUUGUCGGCAAGUAAUGGUCAUACUACAUUUAAAACUUCAAAUUCAUUAAAAGACAUUCGUCCGUAUAGAGACCGGCCAACUGGGCAAUUUGCUCAUGAAACGUUGCAAAACAAAAUGACGUCCUCAUCAGUUCAGCGACAACCAGUGAACAGUGUGCCAUCUCAGCUUCCUUUAAGGCGCUCAGUGUAUUAUCAGUCUACAACCUCAUUACAUUCAGAUAGUUUGAGCAGUAGCAGCGUAUCACCAGUACCAUCUUCUAGUCCAAGAGGCACGCCGCUACCAACCACAAGGUUAACAGCAAUUAAAUCGACCGAUCAGCUACAAAACAGUCUAAGAAAAGCAAAGCGCUGGUCUUCGACAGGUGAUUUUACACAUUCUCCAUCAACUCCAGGGAAUAAUCCACAGCUAUCAUCUUCCAAAUUAUUUACAACUACAAAAUCACUGCUUAACCUCUUCAAGCCUUCAUCGCCGAAUAACAUAAAACAUAGCACAAGAGAAAUGGAAUUCAACGAAGAAGAAUGUACGAUUCAUAUGUAUUUUGAAAAUCAUUUAGUGAAUCUACAUGUACCGUCAAGGUUUUGUAAGGACUAUGAUCCGCAUAAAGUGAAUGUUGCACCUCAAACUAAAUUAAAAUUAGAUUGGGUCUACGGAUACCGAGGUAGAGACUGCAGAAAUAAUUUACAUCUGUUACCAACGGGCGAAGUUGUAUACUUUGUUGCAUCAGUGGUUAUACUGUAUAAUACAGAAGAACAUAGCCAACGGCAUUACCUCGGACAUAAUGGUAACAUAAAAUGCAUAGCAAUCCAUCCGAAUAAAUUAGUAGUGGCAACUGGUCAAUCUUCAAGUUUAGAUCGAAGAGAAACGACGGCACACAUACGAAUAUGGAAUUCAGUUAGUUUGUUAACUUUACGUAUAAUUGGUGAUGGCGAAUUUGGCAAAUCAAUUUCUUGUUUAUCUUUUUCCAAAGCUGAAGGUGGAAAUUUUCUAGCAAUUAUAGAUGAAGAAUCUUCUGAUUAUAAUAUUUCUAUAUGGGAAUGGCAAAAAAGUGAUCGUGGAUUCAAGCUGACAGAAACUAAGUGUUCAGUUGACACCGUGGUUUGUGCUGAAUGGCAUCCAUUAGAUAAAAAUCAAAUUGUUACUUGUGGUAAGGGACAUAUAUCCUUCUGGAACUUGGAUAACAGUGGACUUCUCUACAAACGUAUGGGAUUAUUUGAAAGCCGAGAAAAACCUAAAUACAUUACUUGUCUUGCUUUUAAUCAAGAUGGAGAUGUCCUUACAGGAGAUAGUAAUGGCAAUAUUAUUAUUUGGGCGAGAGGGACUAAUACGAUAACCAAAGUAAUCAGGACACUUCAUGAUGGAUCAAUUUUCGCAAUGUGCGUUUUAAAAGAUGGAACUAUUAUGACUGGCGGUGGCAAAGAUGGUAGAAUAGUUCUUUUAGACAUUUCAUUAACAGUGAUACAGUCAGAGACACAGAUUGAAGAACAUUUUGGUGGAAUCAGGACAGUGAUCGAGGGCAAAAAAAAUCAGUUCUUGGUGGGCACAACCAGAAAUUGUAUACUUUUGGGUAAUUUAGAUACAGGUUUUAAUCCAGCUAUGCUGGGGCACGCAGAAGAAGUCUGGGGGCUCGCAUCACAUCCUAUUCUACCCCAGUUCUCUACAGCUGGACAUGAUCGUUUGCUACAAAUGUGGGACAGUCUUAGUCAUACAGUCGUAUGGAGUAAAGAUAUUGGGGAACAAGCACAAAGUGUAUGUUUUUCGCCUAAUGGCACAGUAAUGGUUGUUGGAUGCGUUUCGGGUAAAUGGCUAGUUAUAGACAGUGAAACACGAGAACUUUAUUGUCAUUAUAAUGAUGGAUCUGAACCACUUCAGGUGGUGAAAUUCUCUCCAGAUGGAACAUUACUAGCCCUUGGAUCUCGGGAUAAUAAUAUUUACAUUUACCAAGUCAACGACGAUUCAACCAAAUAUAGUCGUGUAGGACGAUGCAUGGGACAUUCAAGUUAUAUUACUCAUUUGGAUUGGUCCCUUGACGCUCAAUAUUUAAGAAGUAAUAGCAAAAAUUAUGAAUUAUUGUAUUGGAAUGCUGGUGUGUGCCGUCAAAUUGCACAAGGAUCAUUUUUGAAAGAUGCUGAUUGGGCUACUCAUUCCUGUAUAAUUUCUUUUGAAACUAUUGGCAUAUGGCAUGAUGGAUUUGAUAAAAUAGAAAUAAAUAGUUGUAGUCGUAGUGAAGAUGGAGGGCUUUUGGCUGUUGGAGAUAGCUUGGGAAAAGUAAAACUUUUUAGUUAUCCAGCCUGCCAACCUAAGUCUUUAUUUCAUAACUAUAAUGGACAUUUUAACAAUGUAACAAACAUAGCGUUUCUUCACGAUGACACUCGAUUAAUAUCAAACGGAGGGACCGAUACCAGUAUUCUUCAGUGGAUUGUUAAUUAAAUCAGCUAUUUUUUAUUGAAAUGUAAAUUGUAUCACAGAAGGAUAUGAAAGGAUCAAGAUUAUAAUUAAUAUCAUAUGAUCAGACAAUAAAACUGUUGUAAUGUAUAAUAAAAAAAAAUCAGAGCGUGAGACAAAA